CGAAAAUACCCCACAGCUCAUUUAUCGCUAACGAUAUCACGAUACCUACAUAUGCCCUCAAAAGCCUCUAAGGGUGUCGCCCUCAUCACAGGCUGCGCGCAGGGCCUCGGGCGCGCCAUCGCUACGCGACUUGCCACAGACGGAUAUGCAAUUGCGCUGGUCGAUUUACCGUCGAAGCGGGAGGCAGUUGAGGAGCUAGCGUCUGAGCUAGGCAAGAAACUUGAUGGUAUAAGGACGCUCGUGGCGCUGGCAGACGUCACAAUCGAGGAUCAGGUAAGAGAUGCAGUCGAGAAGGCAGCGCAAGAGCUAGGUGGCGUCGAUGUGCUUGUUACCAGUGCAGGCAUCGUCCGGAUCAACCUUAUAUGCGAUGUAUCCGAGAAAGAAUGGGACGACGUUAUCGGCGUCAACCUCAAAGGCACCUUUCUCUGCUACAAACACGUCGGCCUGCAGAUGAUCAAACAAGGCCGCGGCGGGCGGAUGAUAGGGAUCAGCUCCAUCGCAGGCAAGAAAGGUCUGGCGCUUGCAAGCGCAUACUCCGCCUCCAAGUUCGCCGUACGCGGGCUGACGCAGUCCGCGGCGGCAGAGUUCGGACCACACGGUAUUACCGUCAACGCGGUCGCACCCGGUGGCGUCGACACCGCACUCUUGAGAGCUGCUCAAUCUGGAAUCAAGAGUACCGCCGAGUCCCGACAGGAUGUUCCCUGGCAGGGCACUGCACAUGCCCUAUCUGCGACAACGGCAGCGCUCGGCGUGCUCGCUGAGCCGGAAGAUAUCGCAGGGACGGUGUCCUACUUGGUGUCCCCCGACGCACGUUAUAUCUCCGGUCAAACUAUCAAUGUCGACGGAGGAAUUCAAUACGAUUGACCACGUAACACAAUGCAACCCAUUCUGCCGACGCUGUAUUUAGGCUAGGUCAAACCUGACAAAGAACGAAGUAACACUUCCCCAAGUACGUUGCGUCGGAAGCUUCGCACACUUUUAUGCAGUUGUUCAACAUUGUAUGGGAAAUAGAGAAGUUGCUAUAAAGUUAACAAGUCAAGCGUAAAUUGUAGAUACACAAUGCGACUCGUGAAUGAGAGACAUCAUGUCUA